AUGGCGGCGGCGACGGUGGAUGGCGGUAAUGAUAGGGGUAACGAUAGUGGUGGUGGUGGUAGAAGAACAACCAUGCAAUGCAGUUAUGAAAGGUUGGCUAUGAAUGUUGCAGAGGAUUUUAUCAUUGAUUUACCGUCGGAAAAAAAAGAUGUUAUCAGUGAUCUACCGAGAGACAUAAUAGAUCGUAUCCUAGCGCGCAUGCCCAUUCGAGAUGUAGCAAGAACAAGUGUGCUAUCAAGAAAAUGGAGGCAAAUUUGGGCUACACAUCCACAACUCAUGUUUGAUCAUCAGUUCAACUUCAACAUAGAGACCACAGAAGACAAACCAUUCAUUCUACAGAACUUUGUGAAUGUGAUUAAGAAGAUUUUCAACAUAGAGACCACAGAAAACAAACCAUUCAAAAUUCUACAGAACUUUGUGAAUGUGAUCAACAAGAUUUUCUUACUUCACACUGGUCCCAUUCUGAAAUUUUCUCUCUAUAUUCCACCACCCAUACAAAUUGAUCACAACCACGAUAUUGAUCAUUGGAUGCUAAUUCUGUCGAGUAAUGGUAUCAAGGAACUCACCUUUGAAAGUGCAAGUCCUUAUCCCUAUAAAUUGCCAUCAUGUAUAUUCUCUUGUCCGCAAUUGACUCGUCUGAAACUCUGCAAUUGCAUAAUCAAGCCACCACAUGCAUUUAAAUGCUUUGGUAAUCUUAUUAGCCUCAGUUUUGAGAAUAUCAUAUUUACAGCUAACAUGCUCGAGACUCUGUUCUCAAGUGCCCCUUUACUCGAGAAUCUGUUUAUUUUAAGCUGCAUUGGUAUCGAACAUUUUAAUAUCCAAGCUCCAUCACUAAAAGUACUGCAACUUGGGAGCAUUUGUGGAUUUAAAUCGAUAUCUUUCAAAAACAGCCCAAAUCUUGCUAUUGUCGUUAUUGCACCAUUAUUUGAAAUUGAUAAUUCGCAAUGGGCUAAAACCACCAAUUUGAUUGAGCUUGUUGCUAGUUUGCCUAGAAUUGAGAGGCUUUUGCUGGACAACUUUGUUCUCAAGGUUUUAGCUGCAGGUACUGUCUCAAAGAGGCUUCCGGCAAUUAAAAAUUUGAGAUUUAUUCAAUUGUUUAAGAUAAAUUUCAAUGAUUUGGAUCAGAUUUCAUGCAUUCUUUGCUUGCUUAAAAGCUCCACUAACUUGCAGGACCUUUAUCUUCAGGCCUUUGAAAGCAAAGGUACAGUCAUGCAACCGGUUUUCAAUUUUUUGAAAGAAUCCAAGUGGAUGUACCUGAAAUUGAACACACUUCAAACUGCGGAACUUGUUCUUUACGGGUGCUCGAGGACUGAACUUUUCUUCAUCGAGUUUUUACUUGCCCGUUGCCUAAUUCUUGAGAGAAUUUUCAUUCAGCUUUCAGGGGUCAGUUCAAAUGAAGGGUUUAGAGUCUUAAAAAAGGUGGUGCGGUUUUCGCGAGCCUCCGAGAAAGCAGAAGUAAUAUUUGAGUACCGAGAAAGCAGAAGUAAUAUUUGA